UCAUAAGGAGAAAGCAGAGGUUGGUGUUGUAAAUUGCUAACUUUUACCUAUGCUUAUGCUGAACAAUUAUAGUUCGAGAAUUCUUUUGAAUUACUUAUAUGGAUAGAUAUCUUCUUGUACUCUUCCAGACUGCAUGCUAUAAACACAUAACAUAAGAACUAAUCUUGUGGUACUUAUGAUUUAUGUGCUUGAUUUUGAUCUGUUGAUGUACUUGCUAAUUUAAAGUUGCCACUGGUUUUAGAUUAUGUGGUUGAUUUCUGGUGAUGUGUUUGAUUGUCUGUUUUUGUAUUAAAUGAGUUUCCAAACAACAUCACACCUUUGGUGAACUAAAUUUCUGCACGAGCUAGUCUGUCUGCCUAGUUUGGAGUUGUUGAACUGCUCUUCUUCACCUUUUCAUUUGGAGUAAAGAUUUUGGGUUGUUAAGGGGUGUUUGUGGCAUAAUAUAAUAUAUUCAAUAAUAUUUUGGACUAGUACGAGCCACGCAUUCCUUUCCUUCUAUUGAUUUCUCAAGCUUUCAUUGUUUGGAUCUUUUUACAACUUUUGAUUUAGUAUUGUUUCCUGCAAUCAACUCAUUGUUUACUAAAUUGACAGGCUUGCUUUAAUAUUUUGAAACAAGAGGCUGCAGCAAAUGAUUCUCACUUAAUUAUCGAUGUCGCAGACUCACUCAUGAGCGUCGGGCAUCCUGAGUCUGCAUUUCUUGAUUGUGUUUUAUAGAUCAUUUGGAAAUGCCUGUUUUUUACCUCUUUUUUCGUUCUAUCAAAUCUCUCACCACGUUAGUCUCUUGCAGCUAUUCGGAAACUCCAUCAUAGUGUUGAUGACAUUAUCGUCUAUGCUUCUUGAAGAAGGCAGAGAUGAAUAAAGUUCUGAAAGAUUCCAACUCCGACAUAGUGCUUCGUCGACUUCGUCCUUUAGCUUCUUCUGCAGCUCUAAUGAAUCGACGACUAUCAAGACGCAACAAACUCCUUCAUUCAAUGAGAGUGAAACACGGGCAUUCUAUACCGCCUAUUCUUAUUACCGGCCACCAGUUUACUAUGAUCAGUCAGCAUCAAACUGCUGCUCGAGAAUACUUGCAAGCCUAUAAACUGAUGCCUGACGAUCCCUUGAUCAACCUUUGUGGAGGAACCGCCUUGAUAAAUUUGUCCCUUGGCCUCCGACUUCAAAACAAGCACCAGACUUUCUUACAAUGGCUCGCUUUCCUCUAUAACAACUUGCGCCUUUGUGGAGACAUAAUUGGAACUACUAAUUUCAUUUUGUAAAAAUUAAAAAUUGCAUAUAUUGCUUCCAAAUUAAUAUA